AUGUGGAGGGUGGCAGCUUCAUGGCCACAUCGCUGCCAGCCACUUGCAUGGCAAUCGCGCAUGGCAAUCUUCUGCAACCGGUUGUUUGCCUCAGCUCAAGCUCUCACAACCACUGCCGCCAUGCCAAGGGCGAGACAGAAGCGGCAUAGGGCUGCGAAGGUUGCAAGCGUGUGCACCUUCUGUGCGAUCCUGGCCUCGCUGAUAGCAGCACCCGUGACCGCCUUUCAGGCGUGGAGGGCAAGCUUGGCAAGAUCCCUUCAAGGACACUGUGAACGAUGCGACCGCUCCCGUGUCAUCAGGCUUGCUAGCCAGGAAGGAUCCCCAGAAGAUGAUGCAGAUGCGGCAGAUACUGAAAUAGCAGAAGAUUCGGAGGAUUGGCAAGAAUUCCGUGCCAGGCUGGUGCAGCAAGAGCAGGGAGCUGGAGCAAAUGCAGAUGGAAUCUCGCAGAAGAAGGCGGAGCAGUGGGCCUAUGAGAUGCCCGUUAUAGAGCAGGGAUCCAUCCUAUUGUCUGCGCCUAAUGAUCAUUUUGCCAUCAACCAGCAAUACUUCCACAAGAAUGUCAUCUUUCUUGUGACGCACACAGAUGACUUCACAAAGGGGGUCAUUCUGAACAGACCCACGGCUUUCAGCACCGCUGACGUGGAAACCCAGUUCAAAAACCUUGUGAAUUUCUCUCACGAAGGCGCAGACGACUGGAACGUGUGGUGUGGUGGGGACUGCCAAGGCAUCAAUGAACGCGAGGAUAUCCCUCCCGAGUAUUCCGUUCUGCAUGGCUUGAAGUCACUGGCGGAUCGCAGUGAAAAGAUCACUCAGGGAGUGUACUCGAUAGGCCUUGAAGACGCCAAGAAGCUUGUAGCCGCAGGAGAGGCAGACAAGGACGACUUCUUGCUGCUUGUUGGCUACUGUGGUUGGAGUCCUGGGCAAUUACAGGGUGAACUCGACCGUUCCAAUACAUGGACAAUGGCCUCUAUAGAUCCGCGAACGCUUCUAGGUGAACUGAGAACGGCCCAGUCCAGCUUGCGCAAACGCAUCGAACAGGCAUCGAGUGGUGACAUCUUCACUGCAGACGACGUCGGUGACGGCAUUGAGAUGUGGGAAAGACUGUACACAGCCUUGGGGCCAAAGUAUGAACAAAGCCUUGCAGACUUCAACUCGACAGGUGACAAUGAACACACUGAUGAGAUGUUGCGACGCUGGAUCAACCGGUGCCUUAUCCCGACCCGGUACAGCCCCGAGCGGCUUCCAGAGUCUGAGGUCGUUAAAGGCUUGCAGAAUGCGUUGAAGUCUGCCAAGGCGGGCACUCUCAGCCAUGGAACGGUGUUGCGCGGCUCAGCCACCGCUUGGCUGCUUGGCAAACCUGCAGAAGACACUGCCUUCGACCUGAGACGCUUCUUGCCGGCCCAGUACUUCCACAAGUCCGUGGUGGUUUUGAUCAAGCCCGAGGAGAGCGAAAGGAGCGAGAGGACGGGUGUGGCCAUGGUCGCACUCCUCAACGGGCCGCCCUUGGGCCGUGAGAAGAGCGGCCCUGUCUACUGGGGAGGCCCUCAGGGUCCGGACAUCAAACUGCAAGGCAGCGACGAACAGUUCCGCGGCUUCACGAUCCUCUUCCCCGGCAUGCUGGAACGCCUCUUGGAGCUAGGGGCCUUCGAGGUGACAGACGUUGACGUCCGUGAGGUCGUCAAAGUUCCUGUGGACGAGCGCUGGCAGUUCGCAGGCGGAAAAAUCGACAGCCUUGCGGACGCCAGGUCUGCAAGUCUGGGUGAUGUGCAAAGAGAGAAGUGGUUCAAGCGAUUCAUCUUCAAUGAGUGA